GUUACGCCGUACACGCUCUACGCGGUCGAACUUACUUCGCGAGUGCUAGUGAUUCGAAGAUGUACUCGAGAGUGGUAACACUGUCGCUGGUGCUGUGCCUCAUCGCGGGUGUCGUCAGCAACCCAGUCAGAAGAUCACCAGGCCUGGAGGCCCGGCGGAGAAGCGCCAUCGACAGAAGCAUGAUACGUUUCGGGCGAUCGUAUCCCGCACAGCCGUCAGCGGCGGAUAUACGAGAGGCGCUCCAGAGGCCCACCCGCAAGGGCAACAGUUUCCUCCGCUUCGGCAGAUCGCAACCCGUCGCCCUCACGGCGGACGACCUCCUGUCCCUGUUGAGGGCCUCUGAAAACGACUACGACUCGCCGCUCGACAAACGCGUGUCCAACUUCGUGAGGUUCGGCCGGGACCCCAAGUUCAUCCGGCUCGGGAGGUCCGAAGAGAACGAGAGGGCCGUGGAGCAGACCUCCGACGUCAGCGGCUACCCCGAGAGGAAGCACCGCGCCAGGGACCACUUCAUCAGGCUCGGCCGAGACAGCGAGGAACUCGGCACCAACUCGGAGGAAUUCCUCGACGAAAGGAAAAAGCGAUCCGCCGAAUGCCCCGACUGCCAGUCGUAAGGGGAUAUCAGUCUGAUAGUGCCAAAUGAUACGAUAUUUUACGACUCACCAAAUGGUUGUUUUUACUAUUUUUAACACUCUAAUUGUCGCCGUAGCCGAUCCUUGGUCAAUUAACUUCUAAUGUUAUACUCUGAUAGAGAAUAAGGUUUUCUCGGGUAGACUCUCAAAGUACGCUCAAAACUGAUGCACAAAAAUCGACGGUAAAUACUUUAUGACGUUUGGAUUUUCCCGCUCAUUUUCAAUCUCGCAUUAACAUGUGCAGACGCCAAAUGAUGAAAAAGUUUGCUUUAUUUUGUGAUAACGUUGAAGCUAGAUCGUUCUUCGUCGCAUGUUAUUGACUGACUUAAGUAAUAUAAAAGAGUAUUCUAAUAUUUAGUAGUGUGCCCUCGAUAUUGGAACAUAUUUUAAAAUUCAAUGUAUAUAAAGGUUUAUAAUAGUUACGAAUGUCUAUAUGUCUGUUUAACAGUACAUAAUCUGUUACGGUUAGCAAGAUGCGCUUAAAACUAUACUUAU